AUGCAGCUCGGAGGAGUGUUUCUUCUAGCUCUCGCCACCACCGGAAUCAGCGUCGGCUUCAUUUUCCUCGGCCGUGACUUGUACAAUGCCAUUGCCAUUAAGGAGUUAGGACCAAGAGCAGUUCAUGAAGCAAUUUCUGUACUACUUGGGUGCCUUUUUGCUGUUCUUUAUACUCUAACACUAGCUGGACUACCUAGGAGAGAGGGUGUUGUUAUAUGUGUGUACUACCUUAAAACUGGCACACGCAAGUAUGGCGCAUCCUGCAGAUUUGACCACCCACCUCCUGGCGAAGUUGUAGCAAUGGCAGCAUCACAAGCAAAAUCUGAUUCUACUGGAGGGAAAGCAUAAGCAGCUGAAUCCACACAACAGCAGCAGUAGGCCCCAGAA